AUGGAACUGGUUUUUGCAGCUUUAUUAUUGGCUUACUUGCAUUCUUUUGUAUUGUCCGACUUACAAGGAGAUGCCCUAUCUGCCCUGAAGGUUUCGAUGAAUAUUCCAGACGAUCAAUUGAAAGAUUGGAACCCGAAUCAAGUUAAUCCAUGCACUUGGACAAAUGUUAUUUGUGACACUAACAAUAAUGUCAUUUCUGUAACGUUGUCUGGCAUCAACUGUUCUGGGACCUUGUCUCCUAAGAUAGGAGCUCUAAAGACUCUUACUACACUGUACCACUAUGAUUGCUACAAGGAUGAGAUGCCAAACAAGAUGAUUCGUUGGAUCAUUUUGGAACUGUUGGAAAUCUCUGGGACAUUGAGUCAAAACAAUCUUAGUGGAGCUAUCCCUGAAUCACUUGCUGGUCUUCAAAGCUUGAUCAACAUUCUGCUCGAUUCAAACAAUCUCAUUGGUCAAAUUCCUGAUCAUUUAUUCCGAAUUCCUAAAUACAAUUUCACAGGAAACCACUUAAAUUGUGGUGGGCAAACUUUGCAUCCCUGUGAGUCUCAUAAUAGCGAUUCAGGUGAUUCACAUAGGUCAAAGAUUGGACUUAUAGUUGGACUUGUGGGAGGAUUCACAAUUCUUUUUCUGCUUGGAGGCUUGCUGUUUUUUGUUUGCAAGGGUAGACACAAAGGCUCCAAACGUGAAGUAUUUGUAGAUGUUGCAGGUGAAGUGGAUCGAAGAAUAGCAUUUGGUCAGUUAAAACGAUUUGCAUGGAGGGAAUUGCAGCUUGCCACGGACAACUUCAGCGAGAAAAAUAUCCUUGGACAGGGAGGUUUUGGAAAAGUUUAUAAAGGAGUGCUUGCUGAUAAUACCAAAGUUGCUGUAAAGCGUUUGACUGAUUUUGAAAGUCCUGGCGGUGAUGCAGCAUUCCAACGCGAAGUUGAGAUGAUAAGUGUUGCUGUUCACAGGAAUCUAUUACGUCUGAUAGGGUUUUGCACAACAACAACAGAACGCCUCUUGGUGUAUCCAUUCAUGCAGAAUUUAAGUGUGGCCUAUCGUCUAAGAGGCGUCUGCAACACCGUCUCAGUAGGGGUUAAUGAUUAUGUGAUGCAGCGACCACUGUCAUCCUCAAGUGGGUCAAUUGUCACAGAAAUAAAUUCAGAAGGCAUUGAACUAGUUCUGGUCAAGAAGCUGGAGAGGGAGAAAAGAUUGGAUGCUAUUGUAGAUCGCAACCUAAAUAAAAACUACAACAUCCAGGAGGUGGAGAUGAUGAUACAAGUUGCCUUGCUCUGUACCCAAGCAUCACCAGAGGACCGUCCAGCAAUGUCAGAUGUUGUGCGGAUGCUAGAAGGAGAGGGGCUAGCUGAGAGGUGGGAAGAAUGGCAGCAUGUUGAAGUUACACGCAGGCAAGAAUAUGAAAGAUUGCAGAGAAGAUUUGACUGGGGAGAAGAUUCGGUUUAUAACCAAGAUGCAAUUGAGUUAUCUGGUGGAAGAUGA